CAGUAAUGUCCUUGGGGGGAGCGCAGUGGAGAGUGAGAGAGGCCAGGCUCGCUCUCCAGGCCUCGCUGCUCAAGGUGGAUCCAGAGGUGAAGCUCAAGGUUGACUCCUUCAGGGAGCGGAUCACAGGUGAGGCCAAAGACCUGGUGGCAAACUUUUUCCCAAAGAAUCUGUUAGAAGUUGAUGGGUUCCUCAAGGAGCCUAUCCUGACCAUCCACGAUCUCACUCAGAUCCACUCGGACAUGAACCUCCCGGUGCCUGACCCAGUUCUUCUCACAAACAGCCACGAUGGGCUGGAUGGGCCAAAUAUGAAAAAGAGGAAGCUGGAAGACCCCAAAGAGACCUUUCAGGGUACCAAAGUGUUUGUGAUGCCUAAUGGGACGCUGAAGAGCAACCAGCAGCUGGUGGACAUCAUUGAGAAAGUGAAACCAGAAAUCAGGCUGCUCAUUGAGAAGUGUAACACAGUCAAAAUGUGGGUGCAGCUUCUCGUUCCCAGGAUAGAAGAUGGAAACAACUUUGGUGUUUCUAUUCAGGAGGAAACAGUGGCUGAGCUUUGAACUGUGGAGAGCGAGGCAGCAUCCUACCUGGACCAGAUUUCUAGAUACUAUAUCACAAGAGCAAAGCUGGUCUCCAAAAUAGCCAAGUAUCUUAUGACCAAGAUCAACGAGAAGGAGUACAUCAGCCUGCACCUCAUCAUCUCCGAGCUGAGGAACCAACACGUCACUUUGCAUGACAUGAUCCUUAAAAACAUCGAGAAGAUCAAGAGGCCUCAGAGCAGUGUUGAGGAAUGGCUUGAAUCUAAGGGACAUGGGUCUACGGAACAACUAUUUGAGCAGAAUGUGUAG